GAAGUAAAUGGUGUCAACAGAAAAUUUCUGACAAAUUCUGGUCUCCAGGUGGUGAGCAGUACCAAGCCAUACAGAAGUCACUGGAAUAAUCUGAAGAGUAACAGUGCAAGGAGCAGACCUGUAAAGAUGUUUAUGUGGUGGUCAACUGUUUUACUUCUUGGAUGCAUUUUGCUGGGAGCAGACGGGUGGCCAGCCAAAGAAGGAUACAACUUUAGGCCCUAUCAGCCCCUAGUAAGAUUACGCCACAAGCAGGAAAAGAAUCAGGAAAGCUCAAGAAAUAAAGGGUAUAUGGGUCAAGAUGGCCAUUUCGGAUCAUGUGAAAACAAGUACUGUGGUCUGGGUAGACACUGCGUUGUGAAUGGGGAGACUGGCCAAGCUGAGUGUCUAUGCAUGGAGCACUGCAAGCCGCAUUACAAGCCCGUGUGCGGUUCUGAUGGAGAAUUCUAUGAAAACCAUUGCGAAGUGCACAGGGCUGCCUGUCUGAAAAAGCAAAAGGUCACCAUUGUACACAACGAAGAUUGCUUCUUCAAAGGGGCUAAAUGCAAACCUACCGAAUACACCAAAGUGAAAAAUAUGUUACUGGAUCUACAAAAUCGGAGAUAUAUUGCACAAUCAAAAGAUAAAACCGUUGAUGAGAAAAUGGCUUUAAAGAAACUUCUUGUAGAUCAAAUGUUUAAUUAUUUUGAUUCAGACAACAAUGGACUUGUGGACACUAAUGAAUUAUCUCAGGUAAUAAAACGAGAUGAGCUUGGCAAGGAUCUGUCUGACUGCUCUCUGUUCGAUUUGCUGAAAUACGAUGAUUAUAAUAGUGACAAGCACCUAGCUCUGGAAGAAUUCUAUAGAGCUUUUCAGGUAGUUCAGCUGAGUCUGCCUGAAGAUCAAAAACUAAGCACCACUGCAGCAACAGUGGGACAAAGUGCUGUCUUAAGUUGUGCGAUCCAGGGAACUCUGAGACCUCCCAUCAUCUGGAAGAGGAACAAUGUCGUUCUGAAUAGCUUAGAUUUGGAAGAUAUCAAUGAUUUUGGAGAUGAUGGGUCCUUGUACAUUACUAAGGUUACCACAACUCAUAUGGGAAAUUACACCUGCUAUGCUGAUGGCUAUGAUAAGCUCUAUCAAACUCAUAUUCUCCAAGUGAAUGUUCCACCAGUCAUCCGCGUCUAUCCAGAGAGCCAGGCAAGGGAGCCAGGUGUGACAGCUAGCCUUCGGUGCCAUGCUGAAGGUAUUCCCAACCCACAACUUGGUUGGCUGAAGAAUGGAAUUGAUAUCACUCCGAAGUUAUCAAAACAGCUAACUCUUCAAGCAAAUGGUAGUGAGGUUCACAUUAGCAAUGUGCGCUAUGAAGAUACAGGAGCGUAUACUUGUAUUGCAAAGAAUGAAGCAGGGGUGGAUGAAGACAUUUCUUCUCUUUUUGUAGAAGAUUCUGCUCGAAAGACCCUUGCAAACAUAUUGUGGCGAGAGCAAGGUCUGGGAAUUGGGAACAUGUUUUAUGUUUUUUAUGAAGAUGGCAUCAAAGUAAUACAACCAGUGGAAUGUGAAUUUCAGAGACAUAUUAAGCCUAGUGAAAAACUCCUCGGUUUUCAGGAUGAAGUCUGUCCCAAAGCAGAUGGAGAUCCUGUUCAGCGGUGUGUAUGGGCGACUGCUGUUAAUGUAAAAGACAAGUUCAUUUAUGUAACUCAGCCCACACUUGAUAGAGUUCUUAUUGUUGAUGUACAGUCUCAGAAAGUUGUACAGGCAGUAAGUACAGAUCCUGUUCCAGUGAAACUACACUACGAUAAAUCACAUGAUCAAGUCUGGGUGCUGAGCUGGGGAAACAUGGAAAAGAAUUCACCAACUUUGCAGGUGAUAACACAAGCCAGUGGGAGUGUUUCUCAUCACACAAUCCACACUCAGCCAGUGGGAAAGCAGUUUGACAGAGUGGAUGACUUUUUCAUUCCAGCUACAACCCUUAUCAUUACCCAUAUAAGGUUUGGAUUUAUUCUUCAUAAGGAUGAGCCUGUGCUCCAGAAAAUUGAUCUAGAAACUAUGUCGUACAUCAAGACAAUUAGUUUAAAGGAUUAUAAUUGCAUUCCUCAGUCACUGGCUUAUACACAUCUUGGAGGAUAUAUUUUUAUCUGCUGUAAGCCUGAUACCACUGGGGCUGUCCUACCGCAGCUUAUAGUGGAUAGCGUUACCGAUUCUGUGAUUGGAUACAAUGGUGACAUAACAGGCACGCCACAUAUCUCUCCAGAUGGACACUACCUUGUCAGCAUUGAUGAUGCAAAGGGUCUCAUGAGGAUCCAGUCCAUAACAAUGAGAGGAGAAAUACAGGAUGCAUUUGACAUUCACACUAAUUUGCACAUAUCUGAUGUAGCUUUUCAGCCAUCAUUCACUGAAGCUCAUCAAUACAAUGUCUACUGUAGCUCCAGCACACAAACUGAUGUUCUCUUCAUGGAGCUCUCCUCUGGCAAGGUUAAGAUGGUGAAGAGUCUGAAGGAGCCUGUCAAGGCAGGUGAAUGGCCUUGGAACAGUAAGAACCGUCUUAUAAAAGACAGUGGCCUUUUUGGUCAGUAUCUCAUGACCCCUUCCAAGGAAUCUCUCUUUAUCCUGGAUGGACGGCUCAAUAAGUUAAAUUGUGAAAUCACUGAAGUUGAGAGAGGCAACACAGUAAUUUGGGUUGGAGAAGCAUAAGGAUCUGUGUUAGAUAUUUACCGAAUUAAUAGUUUUACAGUACAUUGCACUUAAAUUACACCAUUCUUCAAAUUUACACAAUUUUCAUUUUAAAUUGUUAGACCCUUCUAUACCUGUUAUUUCUUUGACUCAAACACAGUUUGAAUCAACUUCCACAUAAAAGUUAUGAAAACAAUGGCUAUUUGAUAAUGGUACUCCUUAUUAA